AGCGGCCGCCGUUGCCGGGCGCCGCCGCCUGUCCCCGCUCGGCGCCGGCCCGCGCUGCGCCAUGAAGGCGAUCGUGCAGCGGGUGGCCCAGGCCAGCGUCACAGUGGGUGGUGAACAGAUCAGCUCAAUAGGACGAGGCCUCUGUGUGCUGCUGGGCAUUUCUUUGGAAGAUACACAAAGAGAGCUGGAGCACAUGGUUCGAAAGAUCUUGAACUUGCGAGUAUUUGAAGAUGAGAGUGGGAAGCACUGGUCCAAAAGUGUGAUGGAUAAACAGUAUGAAGUGUUGUGUGUGAGCCAAUUUACCCUCCAGUGCAUCCUGAAAGGAAACAAGCCUGACUACCACAUGGCAAUGCCCACAGAGCAGGCAGAGUGUUUUUAUAACAACUUCCUAGAGCAGCUAAGAAAAGCCUACAAGCCAGAGCUUAUUAAAGAUGGCAAGUUUGGUGCCUACAUGCAGGUACACAUCCAGAACGAUGGUCCUGUAACAAUAGAGCUGGAGUCCCCAGCUGCCACUGUUGACCCUAAACAGCUGACAAAACUUGAAAAACAGCAACAAAGAAAAGAGAAGACCAGAACUAAGGUGCCCUCUGAGUCAAGUAGAGAGAGAAAUGCCCCCCGAAACAAGGAUGACCCCAGCGCCAGCAGUGGAGCAGAAGGAGAUGUGUCUUCGGAAAGAGAGCCUUAGCUCAUCCAAAGCAGGCCUCAGUUUCUUAUACAAAAGCAACAGUGGAUUCUUGAAGAAAAACACAAUAUUCGCCUCAGCAACACUCUUCAACGACUUUGGAAAAGGAUGGAAAAUGGGAAAACAGAACUAAGACAUUAGAAACCUAUCAUUCUGUAUUGAAACAACCAAAGCAGUGCUAUCAGAGUUAGUUGUUAAUGUGUAGUAUCAGUAGUGAAAAGGACUUCUAACAUUUUUGUGUAUGUGUUUUCACAUGACUGCUGAAUAAAGGGUGACUGUAGGCAGAUUGUAGCAGAACAUUCAGUACAUAAGCUCCAUUUAAAAAAAUAAAUCAGGGGUUUUCCUUAAACUUGCACUUGAAUUCUGAAAAUUCUCCAAGGCUUGUAUAUUGAUUCUCAUACUACUGUGUCACGUGCUACCUGUAUCCAUGUCAGUGUGUAGAUCUGUGUGUAUUUUGGUCAGUUGUUAGCUGCUGUUAACUCCAAGGUAGGCAGUCCGGUCUUUCUGCAUGGAUUAAGUUAUUACAAGGAAAGAUCAGCUGCUGGUAGUUUUAUCAUGUGGAACACAUGUGUCCUGUAAACUUUUUUAAAGACAGAAAAGACUUUAUUAAACAAAUGAUGCUAGCUGA